UCUGUUUCCUUUUCCCAAUGCUCGGUGAAAGAAUCCCUCUAACAAAGAUCAAGACCAUGAGAGAAACCCUCAGGGAAAAAAACUUGCUGACAGAGUUCCUGGAGAGGAACACUGACUACAGGAUGCAGAAUUUCGCUCAUGUCCCGAAAUUGUCUCUUCAUCCCCUGAGGAACUACCUGGACCUAGCCUAUGUCGGCAACAUCUCCAUUGGAACGCCCCCUCAGCAGUUCAAGGUCCUCUUUGACACCGGCUCAGGUGACCUGUGGGUGCCCUCCAUCUACUGCUACAGUCCCCCCUGCCGUACACACAAGCUCUUCAACCCUCACGCGUCCACCACCUUCCGGCUCUCGGGCCGGCCCGUCGACCUCACCUACGGCUCCGGGAGGAUGGUUGGAUUUCUUGGCUGCGACACCGUUCGGAUCGGGAAACUUAUCGAUAUGGUCCAGCCAUUCGGCCUGAGCCAGUCGCAGUUUGGGAUGGAACAUGCACCCUUCGAUGGCAUGCUGGGCUUGGGCUACCCCAGCCUCGCCGUCCGAGGGACCACCCCCGUCUUCGACAACCUGAAGAGACGAGGCCUCAUUUCGCAGCCUGUCUUUGCCUUCUACUUGAGCACCCAGAAGGAGAAUGGGAGCAUGGUGAUGCUUGGCGGGGUGGACCACAGGUACCACAAAGGAGAGCUCCAGUGGAUACCAGUGUCCCGACCCCACUACUGGCAGAUAACCAUGAACCGCAUCACCAUGAACGGGUUGGUUCUUGGUUGUUUCCGUGGCUGCCAGGCCAUUGUGGAUACCGGGACCUCGUUCCUAGUUGGCCCAAGUACACUGAUCAACGCCAUCCGGAGGAUCAUCGGCGCCAGACUUGUCGGUCACGAGUAUGCGGUUUCAUGUAGCUCUGUGGCACGCCUGCCUCCUAUCAUCUUCACCAUCAACGGCAAGGACUACCCAGUGCCCCCUCAAGCCUACAUCAGAAAGGUGAAGGGCCAACCCUGGUGGAAUUGCAGGAACCCUUGGGCUCCUGCUUGCGGGAGGGGGCCCUGUGCAGGCCAUGCCACACCACUGCAGAUGCCACAGAGCCCCUGUGGCUGGGCCAGUGCCUCCCACAAAACCAACCACUUGAGAGUAAGGGGCAGUCUAGGACUUCCAUCAUCCUGAAAUAAAUGGGACACCACCCCGUGCCGGCCUGGUGCGAGGCACAAGGAGAAGGGAACACUAAGGGCCUCUGCCCUCAAAGAGCUUCCGUUCAACCAGAGCCCUCAGACAGAUGAACACGGAAAGUCAGCUCUAGCAAUCCCUGCAAUAGGCCAAGUGACAAGUGGGGUGGGUGGGCACAGUCUCAGUGUGUUGUCCCGCCGUAAUGGUUAACGGUCUCCCUCCCACCUCGAAAGUGUCCUGGUUCGGACGACAAAUUACAUGGUUACCCUAGUCCUCGCCUGCAACUUCCCCUUGCUAAGCCCCAGUUCCCACUCUGUGAGUUGGGGUA